UCCGGCAGAUACCACCCGGUGACGCACGGACCCGACCCCCCCUCAGACUCCUUCCUGUUGGGACCUUCCUAGGAAGACUGGGUGAGAGGCUAAUUUGACCUCUUAUGAAGUAGAAGAUAAUCAAUGACAGAUUGUCAAUAGUAGGACAUAAACCUGGUGAGAUGUCUGCGACUUCCGAUUGUGAGAAACAUAUUGAAAACAAAUCUUAUCUUUAUGUGCACACUAAAAUUCAUAAAGAUAAAAUACCAUUUCCAUUUUUAGAAUGUGAGAAAACUUUUAAUACGAAAUCACAUAUUGUUGAACAUCAGCGAAUUCACACAGGAGAGACGCUGUUUCCAUGUCCAGAAUGUGGGAAGGGGUUUAAGCGUAAGAAUGAUUUUAUGAUACAUCUGAAAAGUCACAAAGGAGAGAAGCCCAAUUGCUGUUCAGAAUGUGGAAAAACAUUUGCUCAAAAAUCAAAUCUUGUUCAACAUCUCAGAAUCCACACAGGAGAGAAGCCAUUUUCAUGUCCUGAAUGUGAGAAGUGUUUUAAUGACAAAACAAGUUUUGUGAGACACCAAAGAACUCACACAGGAGAGAAACCAUUUUCAUGUUCAGAAUGUGAGAAAUGUUUUAAUCAAAAAGCAAAGCUUGUUGAACAUCUCAGGAUUCAUACAGGAGAGAAGCCAUUUUCAUGUACAGAAUGCCGGAAGUGUUUUGCUGAUAAUUCAAAUCUUUUGAGACACCAAAGAACUCACACAGGAGAAAAGCCACAUUCAUGUACCGAAUGUGGGAAAUGUUUUAGAGCUAAAUCAAAUCUUGUUAAACAUCAAAGAAUUCACACAGGAGAGAAGCCGUUUUCAUGCCCGGAAUGUGGAAAAUGUUUUAAUCAGAAAUCAAAUCUUGAUAUACAUCAGAGAACUCACACAGAAGAGAAGCCACAUUCAUGUACUGAAUGUGCAAAAUGUUUUAUAGUUAAAUCAAAUCUUGUUAAUCAUCAAAGAAUUCACACGGAAGAGAAGCCAUUUUCAUGCCCGGAAUGUGGGAUUUUUUUUAAUCAGAAAUCAAAUCUUGAUAUGCAUUGGAGAACUCACACAGGAGAGAAGCCGAAUUCAUGUCCUGAAUGUGGUAAAUGCUUUACUGAGAAAUCAAAUUUAACUAAACAUCAGAGAAUUCAUACAGGGGAGAGGCCAUAUUCAUGCAUUGAAUGUGGGAAAUGUUUUAGAGCUAAAUCAAAUCUUACUACACAUCAGAGAAUUCACACAGGAGAGAAGCCGUUUUCAUGCCCGGAAUGUGGGAAAUGUUUUAAUCAACAGUCACAUCUUGAUAUACAUCAGAGAACUCACACAGGCGAGAAACCAAAUUCGUGUCCUGAAUGUGGGAAGUGUUUUACUCAGAAAUCAAGUUUAAUUAUACAUCAGAGAAUUCACACAGGAGAGAAGCCACAUUCUUGUACUGAAUGUGGGAAAUGUUUUAGAGCUGAAUCACAUCUAGCUAAACAUCACAGAAUUCACAUAGGGGAGAAGACAUUUUAACGCCCUGAAUGUGAGAAAUCACUUCUUAAUAUACA